GAAUUAACUUUUUGAUUGUUGUUUCUGGGAAAUUACGUUACGUCAUCUGAUUCAUUUAAUUCCGAGCAAGUGAUCUGAUGACGCGGGAAAUGCACGUUUUCCGCUACGUGUGGGAUGCCCCACGCUGAGUUAUCAACGCUGGGGGGCUCUGCUGUCUAUGAGGGAAGAAUGUUGGCCACUUGAGUCAGUGUGCGUACCGGAAACAGCUGUGAGUAAAAUCCAGAGUUGACUAAGGAAGUCCGAACUGUGAUAAAUCCUCUACACUCACUCCUUUUGUGGUAACUCGUGUGAUAAGAACUGGACUGUCUGAAGGAACAUUUAUGUUACAGCAAUACCAAGCUGAACAGUCUUAAACAUAUAAGAUUAAUUCAUUCUAUAUAGGGAAAAAAUGACCAGAUUAACCCGUCUCCUGUCAUUAUGUAUAUACGUCCUCAUAACAGUGACUCCCUCUAGGUCAGAUCUCUCAGUAGUCGCGCAGUGCGAACUCGAGCAAGAGUGGUUUGACCGUGAUCAAGAGCAGUGUCGCCCCUGCACUAACUGUAGACCAGAAGAACUGGAAUUAAUCUCGUGCACUAAGUACCAGGACAGCGUGUGUGUCGACCUCAACACGAUAGGCCUAGCGAUACCAGGGGUAACCAAAACUAGGCCACUCUACCCGUACCUUCACUCCGGUCCCGUGAUCAACAAACAACAGAGUCUGCUAGUGGAGACGAAUACUGGCGGUGUAGCACGUACGCCAACAAAGAAGCACAAAUUUCGCGAGGUCGAGUUUGCUGCUAGUUCUCGAGAAAUGAUUUCUGAAAAUCAAAAGUUUGGGCCGUUAGUUGAAUCUACUUCUCAAGUACAGGAUCUUCCUUACGCAUGGAGUGUUCCGACUUUGGUAGUUCUUGGAAUAGUAAUGGUUGUAGUGCUGCUGGUUGUUUUUGUACUGGUUGUGAGAAAUAUCCGCCAUCGAAGGUACUCUAAGCACGAUUCAUCAUUUCUGGCCACCAGAGCACGCUUGUUUUCUCGUGAUCGUUUGAACACUACAGAGUAUAUGCACAGCUUGGCAACAAUAGACAGGAAAUACGCGAUGGAUCAAAUCCUAGAAAAACGCCGAAGAGUCCUCUUUGCUCCAGAAAUUAAUUGCGACAACUCCAACGGUUAUGUGGACGAGGUUUUUAUUGACAUCACUGGCUUUAAUAAUACAAAUGAUCAAGAAACGAGUCUCAUUACGAAGGAUGAAGCAACGUGAAGUUUCUAUCAGCUUUAUUGAAAAUCUAAUAUUGAAGAAGAUUUUGAAAAGAAAAUCGCAGUUCUGCCAUUCUGACUGUAAAGUAAAAAUUUUGGUGUAUAUUUGUUGUAAAAAUAUAUAAAUUUACUCGAGGUAGAAGGUAAUGAGUAUUUUAAUGUAUCAACAGACAUUUUUGGACACAUAAGCUCGUGUAAAAGCUGUCAAAAUUUCAACAGAAAUAUAUAAAAGCAUAUUACUGAGAUUGCUUUACAACGACUUUGUGCCAAUAAUAUUAAAAAACAUUGUCACUGAAACUGUUAUAGCUUUUGAUAUUUGUCAUUUGGUAUCUACCUACAAAAAGGUAUUUAGUCGUUUUUGCAGCUAGCGGACCAAUCAUAAACAAUGAUUUAAGUAAACGGUAUUUUUGUUUUUUGUUUCAAAGUCUGAUUGUAAUUAUCCUUGUAGAUUAUAACUGAUUAAUGGUCGAGUUUAAAUAUCUUAAAACGUAUUUUAAAACAUGUCUAUUAUUAUAUAAUAUACAGUAGGCAAUUAAGUAUGUAUCCCUUAAAGAUUUGUAUAAUUUAAAAUAUAUUUUUACACUUAGGAACUUUUUUGUUGUUGUGUGGUGACAUUACAGGUGUAACGCAACAUGCAUGUAUAUUUUAAAAUGUGUGUGAGUUAUGAAGGCGAGAUUAUUUAAAGAUUCUUGAUCACCAUGUUUUCAAGAAUUGUAUUCAGGGGUUAAACUAGGGUGGAACGAUCUGGAAUGGCGUUCCGCCUCCUCAAGAUUCAAACCAUUAGCGUUCCUGGACUUCUAAUUGGAAUGUCAAAGUGGACCAUUAAAGGGAUUAUCCCCUCUUUCAAAAUUACAAUUUAACUCCUGCUUAUAGUGGGAGUGGGUGGGUCUAAGUAUGCUGAUGAAACAAUGGUCAAUUGAUUGGGAGUGUGUGGAUGGGUCUAAGUAUACUGAUGAAACAAUGGUCAAUUGAUUGGGAGUGUAUGGAUGGGUCUAAGUAUGGUGAUGAAACAAUGGUCAAUUGAUUGGGAGUGUGUGGAUGGGUUUAAGUAUGCUGAUGAAACAAUGGUCAAUUGAUUGGGAGUGUGUGGGUGUGUCUAAGUAUGCUGAUGAAACAAUGGUCAAUUGAUUGGGAGUGUGUGGGUGUGUCUAAGUAUGCAGAAUGAAGCAAUGGUCAAUUGAUUGGGAGUGUCUAAAUAUGCUGAUGAAACAAUGGUCAAUUGAUUCAAAUCUGGUGCAAUUGUAGUAAAACUAAAUGAUUAAACAACAAACGUUUGAAUUUAUUUAAAAACAUAGGAAGUUUAAAGUAAAUUUGAGUUGGAUUGUAAUCACAGCAAUGCCAUCUGUGGAAAAAUAAUACCCUCAACUGUUGUUUGUGUAAUAGAUCUGCAUGGUUGUCAGUUAUAUUUUACUUUAUAGCUAUUUCAAAAGCAUUUAAUAAUUUAUAAACAGUAGUUUAACGUGAUAGAGGUGUACUGUAUGUUUAAUUUAACAGGAGACUUCUGUGUUAUUUGCACUUUUAUCAUUUCUUAAUCACGGGAUAAAAUAUUUGAAAUACCGUUGUACAUAUAACAUGUUGAAAUGGAGUAGUUGAUUGUAAGUUUUAAAGUAUCAAAUACUAUAUAUUUUGGUACGUGAUUCAUUUGUUUAUUUAGGUUGAAAUCCAAGUGGGUGUUAUGUGAUCCCUUGUACAUAUAUUGAGACACUACAUCAAUGUAAGAAAUGACAACUCCUGAUUAGAUAAUACUUGAAAAACAAACAAACAAAAAAAAGUUGAUAAUAAUUAUUUUCCUCCGGAAUGCCAGUUUCUAUAAGUUAAAGAACUUUAAUAAGAUGCGCAUAAAAGGCAUGACUUUUGAAAUAUCGUUACAUUUUGUUAAACUUACAAAAAAGGCAUGACUUUUGAAAUAUCGUUACAUUUUGUUAAACUUACAAAAAAGGCAUGACUUUUGAAAUAUCCUUACAUUUUGUUAAACUUACAAAAAAGGCAUGACUUUUGAAAUAUCGUUACAUUUUGUUAAACUUACAAAAAAAGGCAUGACUUUUGAAUUAUCGUUACAUUUUCUUAAACUUACAAAAAAAGGCAUGACUUUUCAGAUAUUGUUACACUUUAUUAAACUGUAUAUUCAAUUUUUCUAAUGUCUUAGUUUGUAAAUAAUGCAAAUAAUAUGAAACUUGGUUCAGUUUUCAGUGAUAUAGUAGAUCUUGUCUUGUAGCCUAACGUGUUAGUUAAAUCAUUGUCACCGUGAGCUAAAAUUGUAUGUAUACAUACUAAGUACUGUUAUUUUCAUGAUUACAAAAUUAUUUAUAAAUAUUUAUCAAAUGAGGCUAAGCUAGGAAGGGAUGCUACUUAUUAACCUACAAGCCAGUGCAUAACCCGAAAAACACCUAUUUAUUAACCUACAAGCCAGUGCAUAACCCUAAAAAUACCUAUUUGUGUGUGAUUUAGUUUAGAAAAACUUGGCUUGUUAUUAUGUCACAUUUUUAUUCUAGUUAGAAACAUGCACUAAUCAUUUCAGGUUUAAAAUCAGUAAAAGCGUAUGAAUUAAUUUAGAAAUAUUAUACUGUUAAAACGACCUUUGAAGUUUGUUUCAGUAAAUACAAUCAAAUAGGAAUUUAUUAGGUCUUAAGCUAAGCCUAAUCUCUGGGGAUCAGCUCCGUUAUAAUACGCAAAUACUUAAGACAACUCAGGUGUAUUGAAUGAAAGAAUAUUUACAUAAACGAUAAAUGAAGCUGUGGAAUAUCCCUUCUCAGAAAAAUUCGUCUUUAUUUCAGAAGAUCCCGAUAUAAAAUGCAUUCAUAAUUUAACCAACUUUUUUAAAGUUACUAUCUAGCCUACAUUCUAGAUGAAAAGUUUCUACCCGACUAGAUCUCAAAGUCAAGCUUAUAUCAGGUAUCGUAACAUGUUAACAUGCAUGCCAACUUCGUCCAACGGAUCUAGCUUCAUACAAUUAUAUAAUUCCGCUUCAAGGCUGUCGUGUAAUUAUAAAUAUAUUCUGUCCACACAAUGAUAACAUAAAGAUAAACUUAUUUUAAUGUUUGGAUUUUUACACGUUUCUCAUGUUAAUCAUUAGACUAGAGAAUAAAAUUGUGUGUAUGAAAAAUAUAUUUUCUAUCGUUUAAAAAAAUAUUUGGGAUGAUGGUGAUAUUCUAACAGAUAUUUAAUAUUUAGCUCUAU